AUGGCUUCUGCCAUAUUCUUCCUCGAUUUGAAGGGCAAGACGCUGCUUGCCCGCAACUAUCGAGGUGACGUUCCCAUGUCCGCCGUCGAGAAAUUCCCCAUCCUACUAUCCGAGGCCGAAGAGGAAUCAUCGGCUGUGCCCCCCUGUUUCUCCGAUGAGGGAAUCAAUUAUCUCUACAUCCGCCACAACAACCUCUACCUCCUUGCGUUGACGAAAAGAAACUCCAAUGCCUCCGAAAUCCUUCUAUUCCUCCACAAGAUUGUAGAGGUAUUCACCGAGUACUUCAAAGAGCUGGAGGAAGAGUCGAUACGUGACAACUUCGUCGUCAUCUACGAAUUGUUGGACGAGAUGAUGGACUUUGGCUAUCCUCAAACCACCGAGUCCAAAAUCCUCCAAGAGUACAUUACUCAAGAAUCGCAUAAACUCGAAGUCCAGGCACGACCACCGAUAGCCGUGACGAACGCCGUGUCGUGGAGAAGCGAAGGAAUCAGGUACCGCAAGAACGAGGUGUUCCUGGAUGUCAUCGAAUCUCUCAACCUACUGGUCUCAUCUACCGGUAACGUCCUACGGUCGGAAAUCCUAGGUGCGGUCAAGAUGAAAUGUUAUCUCUCUGGGAUGCCUGAACUACGGUUGGGCCUGAACGACAAGGCCAUGUUUGAGACCACCGGCAGGGCUACACGAGGAAAAGCGGUGGAGAUGGAAGAUGUCAAAUUCCACCAGUGCGUCCGAUUGUCCAGAUUCGAGAAUGACCGGACUAUCAGCUUCAUACCGCCUGAUGGAGAAUUCGAGCUCAUGAGUUACCGUCUUAAUACGGCAGUAAAGCCGCUGAUCUGGGUUGAGUGUGUGGUCGAAUCGCAUUCCGGUUCUCGAAUUGAAUACAUGCUCAAGGCCAAGGCCCAAUUCAAAAGACGGUCCACGGCCAACAAUGUCGAGAUCAUCAUCCCUGUUCCUGACGACGCAGACACGCCUAGAUUCCGCACGAAUAUCGGAUCAGUCCAUUACGCUCCCGAAAAGUCGGCAAUAGUAUGGAAAAUCAAGCAAUUCGGAGGUGGAAAGGAAUUUCUUAUGCGUGCGGAACUUGGUCUUCCCAGCGUCAAAGGAGAUGACGAGCGCGGCGGUGGUAUGACUGGUGGGUUUGGCGGCAGUAUGGGAGGCAUCUCCGGCCAAGGAAAGGCCAAAAGACCCAUCAAUGUCAAGUUCGAAAUCCCCUACUUCACCACCAGUGGAAUUCAAGUCCGAUACUUGAAGAUUAUUGAACCAAAGUUGCAAUACCCAUCACUCCCAUGGGUACGAUACAUCACGCAAUCAGGCGACAUUGCUGUCCGGAUGCCGGAUGUCCAAGGAUGA